GGUUGUUGCAUUGGCAGGCUGAGGAGGGAAACCAGUAUUUGUCCCUCUGAGUUUGAACUAUGUUCCUGAAGACUUGAUCAUAGACUGCCAUCUCAGUAGUUGCCUUUAUUGCAGCUUGUUGCCUGUUCCUGCUGACAGUUCACUUUGAUGUUUACUGAGUAUGCUGUCUGUAAAGUGGCCUGCUUCUCCUGCCUGUGACCCAGCCACUGUGGAGGUCAAGAUAGAUGACCUGCACCGUAAACUAGACCAGCUUUUAGCACGCAGUUCCGGGGGAAGCUGCCCAAUGUGUGGGGCCUGUAACCAACACAGCCGGGAGCAAGAGGCCACAGCCAGCCAGCUCUCAGCUCAGGCCAAGCUCCUCGAGAACCUGGAGAGGAAAGUCAUUGACCUGAGGACAUCACUGGAGGAAUUAACACAAGCACUAGAAGAAAAGUCAUGUGACAAAAUUCCUGUACCUUUAUCGGCUCUGCAAAGAAGGAAAUCUUUGCCUGUACGGACAUCAGUGGAUGAAGUCUAUGUACAGCUGGAUAAACUCAGAGAUCAAAACAUAAUCCAGCAUACUUUUAAUGCACCCUGUGGGAAAGGUCAGGAAGACAUUCUGAUGGAAGACAUAGAAGCUGAGGGGCUAAGAGGUAGCGGAUCUCCACUCAGAAAGGAUUGUCCAGAAAACAAAGCUCAGCAUGAUCCUCACUUACACAAAGAGGUAUGCUGGGCAACACCACAGCCUGGGACUAAAACACAAAAUGCAGCCAAGAUCAGUGAAGCAAAAUCACCAUUGAGCCAAAAUAGUUCCAAUACAACACUGUCCUGCUGUACAGCUACAACAACCUCAAAAGAGAUGACUACAUUAAAACCAAACAUGUGCACACCCAAAAUGGAGACAAAUACACCUUCACCAAAGGUGAUCGCUCCACCACAAAAGGCUGUACCAACAAUUCCAGCUACUAAAAGUACAACUGCUACAACACAAAUACUACCGCCAAAGAGCACACAUGUCCCUGUUCCCUUUAAGGCAACUGUGUCUUCACCUACCACAACAACCACAACAACUUCAGUAGCACGCUCUACAGCACUAGCAACAAAUCAGAAGAUCCCUGCUAUAUGGACCGCCCCAGGCAAAACAGCUCCAAAUCUGAUUACGGCCAUGUCUAGUAAUCAAACAAGACUUAAUUUCACAGAAAAUACUGCACCACCAUCUACCAUCCAAAGUCUUCUGAAGGCAAGUUUAGGAGUUUCUGAUGUAAUGUCGCAAGGGAUGUCUUCGUUAAAAUCCCUGCAGUCACCUGCGUUGGAAACGGUCGGUUCAAAAGUAUCCCAGCCAAAUGGUAUUAUCACAAAAUCCUUAUCCACAAAAGAUGAAUUGCUACCACCCAAGACAACCAGACCUCCUCUCACAGGUUUGGCCACCUCUAUGCCCAAAUCUGUUCCAGAAUCCACAGCUACAGAGAACAUGGAACCAGGCAAUAAACUUCCAUUGAAGUUUAACACGUUGAACAUUGGUGCUCCUGUAACAGCAACAGCACAAAACAUUGGCAAGCCUUCAUCAGCUGCCCAAGCUACAAAAACUAUAGCAACUAAAUUGUCUACAUUAUCACCACCCACACCAUCAGCAGCAACCUCCUUUCUCAAACACAUCUACAGCUGUCCUGAUUCCUUGCAAAGCCUUCAGGCCCCUGGAGGGAAGGCUGAGUCUGCUACCAGGGGAACAGCACCAUUUGAGAAGCCGGGCAAUGUAUCAACAGGAUCCACAUGCAGCAGGCCGCUAAAGACUGGAGGAAUAGAGAUCAAAAUAAGUUCAGCGCCUGAAAGAUAUACAAAUCAGACCAAAAUCCCACCCAAAACCUGCUUCAAAGUUAUAGAUGAUGUUCCACCACACCCUGCCCCUUUCCCACAUCGGUGUGUCUCUCUAAAGGCGAGUGCACCAUCUGACUUCAGCAUUCACACUCGAGAAGUUUUGGGAGGUGGUCGUUUUGGCAAAGUGCACAAAUGCACAGAGAACAAAACCGGCCUGAGACUGGCAGCAAAGAUUAUUAGUUCAAGAAGUGCCAAAGAGAAGGAAAUGGUGCUGAAUGAGAUUGAAGUAAUGAACCAGCUGAAUCACGCCAACAUCCUUCAGCUGUUUGAUGCAUUCGACACUAAAAAUCAAGUGGUUCUGGUAUUAGAGUUUGUGGGGGGAGGGGAGCUGUUCGAGAGGAUUGUAGAUGAGAGCUGUCCUCUGACUGAAGUGGACGCCAUGGUGUUUGUGAAGCAGAUCUGCGAGGGGGUCCAUUACAUGCACCAGAUGUACGUCCUGCACCUCGACCUAAAGCCAGAGAACAUUCUUUGUGUGAAUCGGUCAAGUCAUCAGAUCAAGAUCAUCGAUUUCGGUCUUGCCAGAAGGUACAAACCACGAGAGAAGCUCCGAGUUUCAUUCGGGACACCCGAGUUUCUGGCACCAGAGGUGGUCAACUUUGACUUUGUUUCGUUUCCUACAGAUAUGUGGACUCUAGGAGUUGUCACAUACAUGCUAUUAAGUGGUCUUUCUCCCUUUCUGGGUGAUGAUGACAGCGAAACCCUGAACAAUGUAUUAACAGUCAACUGGUAUUUUGACGAGGAGACCUUUGAGCAUGUCUCAGCUGAGGCCAAAGACUUCAUCUCCAAUCUGCUCAUCAAAGAAAGGGGUGGACGUCUUAGUGCUGCUCAGUGUCUUAAGCACCCCUGGCUGAAUAAUAUAUCAGAGAAAGCAAAGGGGAGUAAUAUCAUCCUAAAGUCUCAGGUUCUCCUGAGGAAAUACAUGGCCAGGCGGCUUUGGAAGAAAAACUAUAUUGCUAUAGCAGCAGCCAAUAGGUUUAAGAAGAUUGGCAGUUCAGGAUCUCUUACGUCACUGGGAUUUUGAAAUGUUACUCAUCACUGACUUGUACUGACAAGUGUCAUGUUAUUUGAUCAUGUCUGUGUUACUAUUUAAAGAUUUUUUCCCGUUAAUAUAUUAGCAGAAGAAAAGCUGAAAUUAUUGAAAUAGAUUUUUGUUUCUGCCUCAAGACCAAUACCCCAAAGAAAAGGCUUCAAAGACACCAAAUCAGGAUGCAAAUCAGGUUUUAGGUCCGGUGCCAACUAAAGAAGUAAACCUCAAACACACACAAAAAAGAAAAAUGUUUGUGUAGCUUUUUUGUUUCCUUUUAGCUGCAAUAAAAAUAAAAAAUACAACAUCAGAACCUCUUGCUGCCUUGAAAUGAAUAUGAAAUGAUACUUCAUGAAGUGAACAACAGAUUAGUUUAAAUGCUGCUAAUCUGCUUGUCUUGCUUAAGAUUAAACUUAAACCAGGUCUUAUAACAUGUCUGGUUUUUUUGCACAUCAAAAAGGUAAUACUGUUCAAUCAGAAUUACAUUUCUUCAUAUACUUCAGUUAAAUUUUAUUUAUACAACCUAUUGAAAAAAUGGCACAGUAGACUACACAGUUGUAAAGUGGUCCAAAUCUACAGCAUCCACUUGAGAUUUUUAUUUCCUCUAUCAGAAAUUUAAAUCACUUCAACACGCCAUUGUUUGUUUGUUGCCCCCUAACGACAAAGUCAUUUAACGUAUAUUAGAACGUAUAUACUGGAAGGUGGAAGGAAACCCGAGAAACCUCAGGAACCCUGAGCAAAAAGUAUUUGGUUUCACGGCACUCGUAAUAUCCAUUCAUUCUAGUUAUAUAAGUAUAAUUAUUAGAUUUUUUAAUAUUUUUGCUUACACAGCAAAUCAAAAGUAUUGCUAUUGCACAUACUUAUUUUUGUUAUUUUGAAUAUAAGCAAAUAUGUGCUGUGCAAUAUGGUUCACACCGUUGGUGCUACAGUAAAGAAUCUAAUUGAAGAGAGGUGUUUUAUGAGCAAUCAGA